ACGGACACCGUACGUGCUUAAGUAAUGGAAAUUCUGGUAUCGGUGGAGUAUAAACACGGAAUUAUACUAUAAACUGUAAUCUAAUACGUACAGUCUCGAAUUAACUUUAAAAGUCAAUGAGAAGCCUUUACGAUUACUUUAUUCAAGCUCUAACUGUUUGCGACAGCCGCUUCGCAAUGCAGUACAUGCUAAAAAUAUUUGUUCAGACAGUUUAGCUAACAGCUAACAUUAGGUGGGCUAACCUAGUAGUAACGUUGGGACCGACGCUGCUACACUGGUGCACACACGACCUAGCGAUAGCAACAGGAGCAGCCUCACGGAGUGCCAAACGUUUGUCACUGGAAAACUACAAAUAUCCACACAGAUGGCGACGGAAUGACCCGUCCCAAUCUGCCCGUGAUUGGCUACUGCUAGUUGCCUUGAUUGGUUUCUUUGGUUUAGGUUUAAGCAUGAGGAUGGAUGAUUGGUUAAAGGUAGGACAAGAAGCCAACCAGAAGCACACUAGGACGGGUCCUUCCGUCGCCAUCCUAUAAAGUAAACACUCGGGACAUCUUGCCCGCUAACGUUAGCUAACAUUAAUAUUACUGUUUGAGCUUUGUUGUCUUCUCCGACCGUGCAAGAUACCCCGAGGUUCACUCGAUACAAAAUCAAGUUAUUUGUUAUCUAUCUAAAGUUAUCCGACACUUAUGCAGCCACAUUUCUCUGUAGCUGAGUUAUCUUCAGUCCCAGACUAUUUAGCUCUGUUCUGGCAGAUUCACAGUACACGUAGCAAUUUUCAGGAUGGCUGACUCUGGGCACAGGGGACAGUGUGUCCUGGGGUAAAAACGAUCUGCAAUGUUGAACCCAACCAACGGAGACCCAAGCCACAUUGUUGUCAAUUAUGUCGAAGAGUAUUUGGACCUGGUGGAAUCACUACCUUUUGAUUUGCAGAGGAGUGUGUCCCUCAUGAAGGAAAUUGAUGCCAAGUAUCAAGAUGUUCUGAAAGAGCUUGAUGAUGCUUAUGAGCGGUAUCGCCGGGAAUCUGACUCACUUCAGAGGAGAAAGCUGCAGUUAUCCAUUCAGAGAGCACUGAUUCGCAGUCAAGAGCUCGGAGAUGAGAAAAUCCAGAUUGCUGGUCAAAUGGUGGAGUUGGUUGAGAACCGAACACGACAAAUAGAUUGGCAUUCUGAACUUCUCUUUUCCUCUCAAGAAGUCCCAGAGAGCCACGUUCCCACAACAACAUCCAUGACAACCAUUGCAGCAUCCAUGAUGUCUUCAUCAUCGUCAUCAGCCUCCGUCACUCCAGGCAAAACUGGCCACCACGACAAGAAGCGUGAUGAGCUUACCCCAGGCUCAGGUGGCGUGGACAAGGCUGGAGGGAAACGCUCAAGACGUCAGAAAAAUGGAGAAAAUCGAGAAAGUUACGGGGGUCUGGACCACGCUGAGGAAGUGGGUCUGGGGGCAUCCCGGGAAAAGAGAGCCAAAACAUCUUCAAAGAAGAAGAAAAGGUCGAAAGGAAAGUCUGAGAGAGAAGUGUCACCACCAGACCUGCCCAUCGAUCCAGAUGAGCCAACAUACUGCCUGUGUGAGCAGGUGUCCUACGGUGAGAUGAUUGGCUGUGAUAACGAUGAAUGUCCCAUUGAGUGGUUUCAUUUCUCCUGUGUUGGGCUCCAUCAUAAGCCCAAGGGCAAGUGGUACUGUCCCAAGUGCAGGGGUGAGAAUGAGAAGACCAUGGACAAGGCCCUAGAGAGGGCCAAGAAGGAGAGGGCAUACAACAGGUAGCUUGUUUGACCCAAUGAACACUGUUGUGUCAAAAAUUUAUUUUAUGUCUCGUCUUUUUUACCCAUUUACUGUCAACACUGUUUAAAAACAUAUAGAACUGAUGAGAGGGAUCUUGUAAAUAAUUAUUUUUCUAAGCUGCUGCAUAGCGCAGAGUCAACCUCUUGGCUGGGAUUAUUUGUAAAGAAAGGACUUAGUGCAGUACAACCUGCAUGUAACCAUCUGCCCUGCACUUGUAUCCGUUUUGUUUUUGUCAUGCAUGCUAUGUCACCCACUCCACACAUACAGUGAAUUAGCAAACUAAAUAAAAAAUAUGACAUCAUUAAAUUGAUAAAGGUGUGAAGUUAUAAAGGCAGAUAAUUUCUUCAGGACUUGGUAGAGACCACAAACGGAUGCCAAAUUUCCCCUUGCCUGUCAAGUAGUCAGAAAAAUUACUUUAAAUGAAGGAUAACAUUAUUCCAUACCUGUUGGAUGCAAGCAAGCAUGUAAGCAUGCUUGCUAACAAGUUCACUCUAUCAGCCUAAAAGGUGAUAUCCCAGUGUUCAUAAGUUAUUAGCUUAUAUAGCUAUGAUUAUUGCAGGUUUAAAGAUUAUAUUUAGUCCUGUUACUUUAAUAAUAUUGCGGAGUGGUCGGUGCAGUUGUUGUCCUUGUUAAUACUAACUAUGAAGAGACCCACCACCCAAAGCAAUUUAAAUGUACUUCAUGUGGUGGGGGACAAAAUCCAAAGUCCUUGUUCUGUGUUCUGAUUUCUAGAGUUCAGCCAAAGCUCAUAUGAGCCUCCAGCAGUCGAAGUUACACAAUACAAUUUGCAGAGAGAGAAAAUUACACAAGAAAUGUUGUAGUACAAGGACUUAAACUUUGGUCCCUUCUCACUUUUGAUUUGCUUUAAGGAUGGAUCUCUUUGUAGCCAGUAGGGAGAACAGGAACGAUUGCAAUGAACAAGUUACAUUUUUCAAUGUUCAUUUUGUCCUGUGUGUAUGAAGAUAUACUUGACAAUGUGAGUCUAGGGCACAAUUAUAGUGUAUAUAUAUAUAUUGUGUACUAUAUAUUAAAUAAAACAUGAUUUCAGGCGCCUACUUUGUCUUUGACAAUAAAAUGCUCCCCAAUUCAGGAUGA